CAAAGCUCAAGAUCCCCGAUGGAAUCCAAGAGAUGGUGUUUUCAAGGCAACCAAGAUUUGCAGAAAGCUUCGGCAAUCACCAUUGGGGGAGUUCUUGCCAUGCUCCGUGGGAAUCUCAACAAAGAUGAUCCCAGACCUCUGAUACCUCUCGGUCAUGGUGAUCCUUCGUGUUUCCCAUCCUUCAGGACUGCCGCUGCAGCAGUAGAUGCCAUUGUCACUGCCUUGCAAUCUCAUGAGUACAACUCUUAUGCUCCAAUUGUUGGCGUUCUUCCUGCUAGGAGGGCUAUUGCAGACCAUCUGAAUCGGGAGCUUCCCUACAAGUUGUCGCCAGAUGAUGUUUAUCUAACAGUCGGAUGCAGACAAGCCAUAGAAAUAUCAUUAGCAGCACUUAAUCGUCCUGGUGCCAAUAUUUUGCUUCCUAGACCAGGCUUCCCAACCUAUGAAGCUUAUGCUGCUAGUAAAAAUCUUGAAGUUCGUCAUUUCGAUCUUCUUCCUGAUAAGGACUGGGAGGUUGAUCUUGAUGGUAUUGAAGCUCUUGCUGAUGAAAACACUGUUGCCAUGGUAAUCAUAAAUCCUGGUAAUCCUUGUGGUAAUGUCUUCAGCUAUCACCAUUUGAAAAAGGUUGCAGACACAGCAAGGAAGCUGGGGAUUCUGGUGAUUGCGGAUGAAGUUUAUGACCAUCUUACAUUUGGGAGCACCCCAUUUGUGCCAAUGGGAGUAUUUGGGUCAAUUGUGCCUGUUCUCACCCUUGGGGCUAUAUCAAAAAGAUGGCUUGUUCCUGGUUGGCGACUUGGGUGGAUUGUCACAACAGAUCCCAAUGGAAUCCUCAACCAAACUGGGGUCGUUAAAUCAAUUACUAGCAUCCUCAACAUCUCACAAUAUCCAGCAACAUUCAUUCAGGGAGCAGUUCCCCGAAUCAUUGAGAAUACAAAGGAGGAUUUCUUUACAAAGAUUAUUGGCAUGCUAAGGGAGGCUGCUGACAUAUGCUGCAAUACAAUUGAUGAGAUACCCUGCAUAAGUUGCCCAAAGAAACCAGAGGGAGGCAUGUUUGUAGUGGUGAAGCUGAAUUUAACGAUGAUGGAAGGGAUUAAUGAUGAUGUAGACUUCUGCAUGAAGCUAGCCAAUGAGGAAAAUGUCCUUGUUUUACCGGGGGCAGCUGUUGGGAUGAAGAACUAUGUGCGGAUUACUUUCGCGUGCGAGCUUUCUUCUCUUGAAGAUGGCCUUACAAGGAUAAAAGCCUUUUGCAAAAGGCAUAUCAAGAUUAAUCAAUAAUUAAAGAUCUAAUCUGAAAUGGACGGUUGUGUUAGACCAAUUUCAUUAUAGAUUUCAUGAUUAAAUUAUUUUCGUCUUAUUCUUGGACAGUGUGAGUAGCACUAAUUAAAUCCUUUUUCUUACA